AUGAAUUUCAUUCACCGACUCAAUUUCAUUGACUUUCCCCAUGAAUCUUACCCUGAUUAUGAAGAUUUCUACUUUCUCCCUCUCUUCUCUCUCUUCUUCCCUUCCAUUCGCUUCCUUCUCGACAGAUUCAUUUUCGAGAAAUUGGCGAGAAGAUUGAUUUUUGGAAAGGGGAACAAAAUGUUGGAUUAUCAGACAGAUGAUAAAAGAAAGAGGAUUAAUAAAUUUAAGGAAUCGGCGUGGAAAUGUAUUUAUUAUCUCUCAGCUGAGAUUCUUGCUCUUUAUGUAACUUAUGAUGAGCCGUGGUUUACCAAUACUAGAUAUUUUUGGGUUGGGCCUGGGAAUCAGGUUUGGCCAGAUCAAAAGAUUAAGUUGAAAUUGAAGGUGGUCUAUAUGUAUACUGCUGGAUUUUAUUCAUACUCCAUUUUUGCUUUAAUAUUUUGGGAAACAAGGCGUUCUGACUUUGGGGUUUCCAUGAGUCAUCACGUGGCUACUUUCAUGCUCAUUGUGUUGUCUUACAUUUGUAGGUUUGCUCGUGUUGGAUCAGUUGUUUUAGCAAUUCAUGAUGCUAGUGAUGUGUUUCUUGAGAUAGGGAAAAUGUCCAAAUACAGUGGUGCUGAAGCAACGGCUAGCACUGCAUUUAUUCUUUUUGUUUUAUCUUGGGUCAUAUUGCGCCUCAUUUACUACCCAUUCUGGAUUCUUUGGAGUACAAGCUAUGAAGUUCUGCUCACCUUGGAUAAGGAAAAGCACCAAGUGGAUGGUCCAAUAUAUUAUUAUAUGUUCAAUACUCUUCUAUUCUGCUUGCUGGUUCUGCAUAUUUAUUGGUGGGUGUUAAUAUAUCGAAUGCUUGUUAAACAAAUCCAAGCAAGAGGAAAACUUAGUGAAGAUGUUCGAUCUGAUUCAGAAGAUGAACACGAAGAUUGA